AGCGAUACCACGCCCAUCCAUUCUACACCAGCCAAUCACCUCGCCAUAAUGUUUAACUGACAGGUGAACCCCUCAGCCAAUCGCACGUCGCAACUCUCGCUCGGAGCGCUACACCCAGUUCACUUCAAAGAAGGUUCCAGCCCAUUCGCCAUUUUCUGCUGAGUUACUGCUUCAUUACCGAAUAGGAAACGGAGAGUGUGGGGGCGGGCUCGUUUAUUGUCAGCCAAUAGGAGUGAAGAGGUCGCAUGUCGCAGCUGAAAGUUGGUAAAUAGUUUUGUGAUAAGUGCGGUGUCAUCACAUGAGUGCGGGCACAGACUGAAGACAUCUGUUCUCACCGUAAUAUGAAGCAGGCAGCCAGCGAGGGCUAUUGUAUAUAAACCCCACAAGGUGGUCACUUAGCAAUGUCAACACAGACGCCCGCAGAACUGCCGGAGAAUGGAUAUUUCGAGGCUGUGUAUCUGUCGGGAUACUGAGUUAUUAGGAAUGGAUUUCCUAUCCACGAGUCAGUGUUUGGACAGUUUUUUUCCCGUUAUACACACUUUUCCUGAACUCUAAACAAAGCCAUACAUUGCAGCCACACGUUAUCUAUCAUCUGAUCUAGCUGGUUCUUGAAACGUGUAUUGUGGAUGUACCACUGGUCCACCACGUGCAGUGAUUACUGCAGACACCCUUCUUGGCGAACUGUCCACAGCAGCAGGCCGUUUUUUUUUGCCAUUCUGUGGCAACUGUGGCACUGAAGAAUGACAAGUUGGACUCGAAUGCACCCGUCGCUCCAAUUAGUCCCAGAGGUCCUCAAUGAGGCUAAGAUCUUGACUCUGAGCUGCUCCCUGGUUAGAUCUCUCCGGUCCCUGGGUUGCAGUUUCGGGGUUUUUCCAGGGCGAGGUGCAUUCCUGCAAUGACCGUUCUUCCACGCAUUAAUGACAAAAGACACAGUGGAUUUAGGACUGUUCCUACCAUCCGCAGCGCUGCUCACAAUCAUACCACCGAUGGAGCAGCCUACAAUGAUCCCUUUUCAAACUCGUUCUACAGUACGCCAGAGAAGCAGCACAGCCACGCCACAUCCCACACUGCCAAGAGAUGCAGAUGGUGGCAAUGCCGGUUCUUCUUCUGCAAACGCCCCUCCACUAAGGCGCCCAUCACAGGGCUCGGUUACUGUGGCUAGGAGGCCAAGCAAAAGACGCCGUCUUGAGGCUGAAUCCCCAGCACCAGCAUCACCACCCCAACGGCGCAUCUCCGCAGUGUCGGCCCUGCCACCACUAGCUAUUUUGGCCAGCCCACAAAGUGAGGAUCCACAAUCCCCUCAGUUGUCUGAACCAGCCAUCAUGCCCGAGGAUGCCCAGCAGGAAAGUGUACAGCAGGAUGCAUACACUCUUCACCUGCAACCCAUAGAUGAUACCCAGCCAACCACGCCGCAGGACAUACCCCAACCACCCCAAACAUCCCACAGCCCCCAAUUGAGCACAACACCAGGCCAGACACCAAUGGGCCCUGAGUUUUGGAGCGGUUGGGCCAAACAACAGGCACAAAACUAUGCGUGCCUUAACACCCACAGCCAAUACCUGGCAUGUCUGCCCCAUCAUCUGCCUAGACUGGCUCGAAACUCUGGCAGACUUAUCGUUCAAGUGGCAAGAAUAGCAAAUUCAAUGGAACAGAUGAGGGCAGACAACUGCCAAAUGCAAGCAAAUCUCGUAAGAAUCAUGGAUGAACAUCAGCGCCAACAACAAUCACUAAUUCAGAUCAUCCAACACAACCAAAUUAUCAAUGACAACAUAUCCCGAAUCAUAGCAAGCCACACUGCAGCUAAUACGCAACUCACUGCCAGCCUCAAUAUACUCAGCCAAAGCCUUAAUGUUUUGGCAGCACACCAAGUCAGCUCUAGCUCGGGGACAACUACACCAAACCAGACCCCAGUUCAAUCCCCAGUUAGACGCUCCAGUCGAACCAGGAGCAACGAUCCAGGCCAAUCAUCGGCACCCAGCACACACACGAAAAAAAAAAAAAAUCUUGUCUGCAGCUAAUACUUUUUCAAAAAUUAUAUUCUGUUUAUUUGUUGUGGCAAAAAUGCCUUUG